ACUUACAGUUUGUCAUUUAGUUGAUUUACGCUAAAAUUUGUUGUAAUAUCUGCUUCUUUGAUUUACUUACUUUUCUUUACAGUAUUCAUGUUUUUCUGAUUCGUAAAUUAUUAAUAUAUAUACUAGAAUUUAAGAAUACAAACUUAACAUUCAGUGUUUAUAUAUAAAUUACUAUCAAAAUGACUGAAACUGUACAAAUACUAAGGCGCAAUCGCCCAGGAUCGAAAGCAAAGGAUUUUUGUCGCUGGCCAGAUGAGCCCUUUGAAGAGAUGGACAGCACAUUGGCAGUACAACAAUUUAUACAACAAACUAUUCGACGUGAUCCAUCCAAUCUGGAAGCUAUACUGAAAAUGCCUGAAGCACAGGAUGAAGGAGUUUGGAAAUAUGAACAUUUGAGACAAUUCUGCAUGGAGUUGAAUGGAUUGGCUGUCAGGUUACAAAGUGAAUGUAAGCCUGAGACAUGUACACAGAUGACUGCCACAGAACAAUGGAUAUUUCUGUGUGCUGCUCACAAGACUCCCAAGGAAUGUCCCGCUAUUGACUACACCAGACACACUCUUGAUGGUGCAGCUUGCCUGCUGAACAGCAAUAAAUAUUUUCCGAGCAGGGUCAGCAUCAAAGAAUCUUCAGUGGCGAAACUGGGAUCAGUAUGCAGAAGAGUAUAUAGAAUAUUUUCGCAUGCUUAUUUUCAUCAUCGGGCUAUAUUUGAUGCCUUUGAAAAAGAAACACAUUUGUGCAAGCGAUUUACUUACUUUGUUACAAAAUACUCUAUAAUUUCGAAAGAAAUAUUGAUUCUACCUAAACUUGAUGAUGAGACACCAAUAGCACCACCUGUUGGUGAAUCAGAAGCCUGAGAUUUAAAGAAAUAAUUUAUUUUUUGUCUACAUAAUAUUCUUAUUUAUAGAAUUUAUUCGUACUAUUUAUAGUCAUAGUAUCCACUAAGCUCAUAGAAUCUUACCCUUACUGUUAGGUAAUGAAUAUAGAUGUACCUAGUAGUAAUUAUAUUUCUAUAUCAGUGUGUGUCUGAAUAGUGUGUUAUUUGAGUAUUGACAUAGUAUGUCUAUUAUAUGCAUCCUAAAGUACUAAUAUUUUGCAUACUACUGACUUGAGAAUUCAAAUAAUCAUAGCAUUUAAUAACUAUCAAGGCAUUUGAAACUUAUGGAUAAUCAGGACUCACUGUUAUAUAAAACUUGUAAUAAACCUUGCACUGUAAUAACUCAUUGAGUAAUGCUGAUUGUUGUUUGAAACUGGUAGAUUUACAAUGUAUAUUACAUUUACAAAAAUAUAUAAUUGUAGUCCCACAA